AUAAAAGCUUCUUCAAAAAAAAAAAUUAUGCUUUACAGACAUAUAAAAUAAUAUUUAUUUAUUUGCAAAUCUAACCUUUAAACUUUAUUUUAUUUAUAAAAAAACCAUUUCUCAUAAUAGCAAGGCAGAAACAGAUCGAAACAAAAGGCUGUUGUUAACUCCCCGACGUUUCUCCGCUCUUCUCUGUCCUUCAAUCCCUCCUCCCAUGGCAUCAUACCAUUUGAAUAUUUCAGCUCUCUCAUCCUUCCCCAUCUCGAUCUCACCUACCGGCGACGAAGCCCUCUCCUCGUUCCUUCGCAAAUCAAAGCACAUCGAGUAAGAAGAUGAACACCAUGGAGAAAUAAGCAAUACAGUUAUAUUAGUGACUUAAUAACUAAGAUCUGAUAAGCCAAGCAAGAUAAAGACGCGCCGUGGUGACGGUGGCGCGGGGCCGAUCCCUAGGAAAUGCCGCCACCGGAGGGAAAGGCAGAGGAUCUUUGCAUCUGGUUCAUUACCUGCUUUUUCUUUCUGUUAAUCCUCUCCGGUGGCAUCUUCCUUGUCCUCUAUAUAACCCAGCCGGAGACCGACGAGACCGGCUGGUUUCCCAUCGUCGGAAUGGCCCUAAUCGCCAUUCCCUGGAUCUUUUGGAUCUUGACCUGCUUGUACCGCACCAUCAUGCCCUGCUACAAGUCACCGCCGACGGAAGCGGUGGCGGCUCCGGUGGAGUCGCAGGUGUGUUCACCAGGAGAAGGGAGGCGGGUGAGGUUCGGCGAGACAACGGUGAUCGGAACACAGGAUGUCGGCGAUGCGGUGAAUGGGACGGCGGAGGGCGCGGCAGCGAGCGAUUCUUCCCUGGGGUCGCAUGAAAGAGAGGUGCCCUUGGCUUUGUCCAUAUGAUGAUCUUUUUUUUAUUAUAUCAUUCGAUUUUUCAUUAUUGAGAUUUAUGUAAUUUUUUAUUAUAAUUUAUUUUAUAUUAUUGAGCUUUAUGUUAUUU